AGUCUAUCUAUGCCGAGCUGAAAGUGACCAGAAGGACGCUCAUUUAACCUAUUUGUCCAAUAUGAGCAGGCGGCUGUCAACCGUGGCGCCUGUCGUUUUGGGCGCGACUCCCUUUUGCGCGACGUGGCUAACACGCGCACUUGGUAUUUCAGCAUGUAGCGUUGAUGCGGCUGCUUUUGCGUUGCAUGACGUUCGGCGAGGGCUCGCAGCAGCACCCGGGGCUAGUGGGCCGACAGCAUCACCGAGCGCAGGGCAGCCACGGCCAUGGGAGCCACCUUCACAUAGCCCAAAGUCCCUAAACGCCAAACCACAACCUACAUUGCAGGAGCUUCUGUCGAGCAUACGGCAGGCCGCCACCCCUCUCGAGCUCCACAAUGUCUACCGCCGCACCCCCGCGCACCUGCCUCCCCACAUCGCCGCCGCCAAAUUCACACGCCUCGCGCAGCUCCUGCGCAACUCAGCUGCCUCCCAGUCCCAACCGCAGCAGCCCCAGCCCCAACCAUCCGGCGCAGAGUCCCAGCCUCAGCCCCAGUCCUCCCUCCCUCCGGGCGCUUAUCGGCUGCUCCGCGAGAUCCGAGUCAGCUGGGACGCGCUGCUGCACCUUUUCCCGGCCGAGCACCUGGCGGCCUGUGUGCGCGCCAGCUGUGAGAGCGGGCUGCUGCAGGGGCAGGGGCAGGGAGGACAGCCGGCUGCGGGUGGGGAGCGGGGGCUUGUGGAGCGGAGCCUGGAAGUGUUGUUGGACGCGGAGGGGCGGGAGCUGCAGCAGGCGGGACCCCAGGCUGUGUUGGACGUGUCGUACGGUCUGAUGCUGGCGGGCCAUACGCAGCCGGCCACUUGGCGCACCCUGGGGCAGCUGCUGCGGCAGGUGCAGGGGCAGCUGCCGGCGGAGGGGACGGAGGGGGGUGAGAAGGCGCCUCGGGAGCUGGCGGGGGAGGUGCUGAAGUGGGUGGGGCAGAAGGGGCUGAUGAAGUAGUGGAGAGCGGGAAGGAGAGGUGGAGGGCGAGCAGAGAGAUGGUGGGAGCAGGUGGGAGGGUAAAGUUGGAGGUAUAGGGGAGGCGGAAGGUGGUCAUGGGUGGUGGUGCCGAGGGAGGGGUAGGAAGUGAUUGGCGGAGUGGUUGAGGUGGUUGUGGCUGUCGGGAGGGGAUGCUAGACAUGGCUGUGUCGUCAACAGCUGUGUCGCGGGCAGAUGUCGUGCGCUGUUGACGGCACGCAUGGGGUCCGCUUGUUAGGUGAAAGCGCGGGGGGCCUGGGCGUUGUGUAGCAACCGUAGAUGGGCAGGUUUAUGGUUGCGCUCGCGGCACUGUUGCUAUGCCAAGGCGUAUAAGGCGUUCCUUCCUUACUCCGGACUCCUUUCCCUCGGAUUGGGCCAGCGGUGUUAUGGACGUGGG